UGUUUUAGAACAAGAGGACAAGGAUUCUGAGAAUUGCAGAAUUGGACCCAUAUGUGAAUAUAAAAUUGUUUCAAUGCAAGUGGCAGUCGGUUGAUUCAUUUUUUCUUCCGGCUAGUUGGUAGAUCAGUGUGGUUUCACAUUUUUAGGCUUGAAGAAGUUAAAUGAAGGCUAGUUUGUCUGAAUAAUUUUUCUAGUCUGAUUUGGUUGAAAUUAACCGAGCUAUAUUAUUUUUCUUGUAGGUUCUAUGUUUGAAUAAGUAUACAUGUUUGCCCAUAACUUUCUGUUUUCCCCGGAUGGAAGCUGAAUGCAACCGGAUUGUCUUUGAAGCUCUUAGAUGGCUUUAUGCCCCAGAGGCCUUUUUUCAAUCUGGCUGUUCAUUGGCUUUCUAUCCUUAGGUUCUUCUCAGAACGCCACACUUUCUCUCGAUUCAGAGAAUUGUGUGAACAACAGCAACAUAGGAGAAAACAUUCUGCAGAGCACCAAUGGUAUGUUUGCUUUGAAGUUCUUCAAACCCAUUGAGAAAUCUCUGUAUCUGGUUAUAGCUUACAUUCAGUACAACCAAACAAUUGUCUGGACGGCCAAUAGGAACAUACCCAUAAGAGGAAAACCAUGUUUAAAGCUUGGACUUCAAGCUGACUUAGUUUUACAAGACACAGAUAAUUCUGUGGUAUGGUCCGCCAAUAUCAGUCAAGCAGAUCAUCUGGAACUUCAGACUUCAGGUAAUCUGGUGCUGAAGAACAGUAGAAAUGUUACCAUAUGGGCCAGUUUCGAUCAUCCAACUGACACCAUCAUUGAAGGAGGAUAUUUAGGGCCAGGGCAAGCUCUGGUCUCUAGCAAAUCCCAAACUGAAUUGUCAGAAGGACCAUAUAUGCUCAAAAUGGAACCAGGGGGAGUAGUUUGGUAUGGGAGUUUUCCAUUUCCAUUGCCCUAUGGAGCAUGGACAUUCAAUCCAUUAGGCUUUGAGUCUUCAAGCUCAUUGAAUAUCGCAUUGCAUUCCUCUUGCAACAAGACCAGAUUGGGAUAUGGGUCAAAUGGGGAGAGUAUAACUCUGAUCCAGGAGGGCAAUUUGACAGCAGCAUGCAUGCAGGAAAUCAAAGGUCUUGGCUCAACAACAAGGAAUAUAAUUACAGGAGCUCAACUUGGAGAUGAUAUUUUCCGUUUCAUGAGACUGGAUGUGGAUGGAAAUCUUAGAACAUACAUUCAAUCUCCAUUUAAACAGUUCCCAGACACAGACAUAUUUUCCAUAUUCUUGCAAGAUGUGUGCAAGCUUCCCAACAUAUGUGGGCCACUUGGCAUUUGUAGUCCAGGAGGUAUUUGCAAAUGUGAGAAUGAAAACAUAUUUGAACAGUCUCAAUCCAAACUUGGAUGCAUUCCUAGAAAAAUGUCCAUCUGUGGUGCUUCAAACCAAUUAGUAGAGCUUGAAGGAAUUGAUUAUUUUGCAAACCCAUACAUGCAACAGAGUAUUUCCACCCUUGAAGAAUGCAAAAAUUCAUGUGUGUCAAAUUGUUCUUGUGCGGCUGCCUUCUUUUGGGGAAAUUCUAAGGCCUGUUAUCAUUAUCAAGAGGUCAAAUCCUUGCGGAAUGUUUCGGAUCAGAGCAUUACAGCAUUUAUAAAGGUUGGGCCUGGUUCAUUUAGUGACAGCUCCAAAACCAAUGAUUCUAAGAGAAAAACGAUUGUUUUGGCAAUUCUGGUACCAACUGUUUGUAUUGUCUUUGCUACUGCUUUAAGUCUCUUUUGCAUCAGAUAUAAAAGAAAGAAAUCCGAGAAUUCCGAGCAACUCAGGUCUGAAGAAGAUGAAUUCUUAGAGAAUUUACCUGGGCUGCCCCCUAGAUUUUCAUACAAGGAGAUGGAAGAGGCCACACAAGGAUUUAGCACAAUGCUUGGGUCAGGUGGGUUUGGAGGUGUUUUUGAAGGGCACCUUCGUGAUGGAAGAAAAGUUGCAGUAAAAAAAUUGGGCAAUGCAGACCGUGGAAACCUGCAAUUCCGGGCUGAAGUUGCAGCUUUAGGUAGCAUCAACCAUGUAAAUCUGGUGAGAUUGUUUGGUUUUUGUGCCGAUGGUACAAAUAGAUUACUGGUAUAUGAGUGUAUGAGCAAUUCAUCUCUUGAUCGGUGGUUAUUUCGCCAAUCCCAUGAGAGUUCUUUGUUUCUUGGUUGGAAGAAGAGAUACACGAUCAUUCAUGACACGGCUAGGGGCUUGGAAUUUUUACAUGAAAAAUCCAGGAAUAGAAUUCUUCAUUUAGAUGUGAAGCCACAAAACAUUCUACUGGAUGAGAACUUUAGGGCCAAACUUGCAGAUUUUGGGCUAGCCAAGCUAUUGGAUAGGUCAAACAGCCGUGCAUAUACUCGAAUUAGGGGAACCCCUGGAUAUUUAGCCCCUGAAUGGUUGCUGAAUGCAUCUGCCACAGAAAAGAGUGAUGUAUUCAGCUUUGGAAUGGUUUUGCUGGAAAUAAUUAGUGGCCGGAAGAAUUUAGACCUGUCCUAUCCUGAGGGUAUGGAGUUUUUCCCCAAAUGGGCGGUGAAUAUGAUUGAAGAAGGAAAGAUUACCGAUGUAGCUGAUCCAGAACUAAGAUAUUUGGCUGAUUAUAAUGGUGAAGAGGCUGAGCAAGUGAUCAAAAUUGCCUUUUGGUGUAUUCAAGAGGAUGAGAAAAUAAGGCCAACAAUGAAAGAAGUUAUCCUGAUGCUAGAGGGUCAUAUUGAAAUUGAAGAGCCACCAUUCUCCAUGCAAUUUUUGUCAAGAACACAUAUCAGUAUAAAGUCUCAUUUUUUUGAUUCAGGGACAUCAGGAAGUAAUGCUGCUACUUUCUCAAUGACCCUCUCCGCAAGGUGAUAUUACCUGAUUGCUAUUUUCUUUAAAGGAUACAAACAACUGUGUCUGAUUCUGCAUUUUUUGUGUAUAUGCAAUUUGUUGUAACUAGCACUAACAUUACUACAAUAUAUCAGAAGCUUUGAUUUUGAAACACAGAUCCUAUUGUGUCAGAUAUUUUGUUGUGGAAGCAUUUUGUAUUCAAAGAAAAAGAUUGUAAAGAGGAGAUCGCAAACAUUGUGGUUUAACCUUCUGUACUGGUGGUUUUUGCAGUCAAGCUUCGUAUUAUGUACACUAAUUGUUGUUAG